AGCCAUAGUUUCCAAUUCGCUAACUUGUCAAUUAUCAGAAUCUCGUCGUUCGUCUCCAGUUUUCUAGCUUGGAAUCCAUCUACGUUGUGAGUCGAGCUCCUAUACAAUCAGAUUUCUGCUUCGUAUUAGAGAUCCGAGAUACUCUUUCAGAAGGGAAUUAAUAUCAGCCUCGGACAUAAUUCAGUCAUCUCUGAUCGUUCAUCUCAUACCAGGUGAGCCUAGAAGGGAUCAGGAUCAACGGUGAGAAUCAAGCUGCUGUAUUUUGUGUACUCCCUCCGGUGGUGUCACAGUCUGCCGCGACGAGUUCGAGUGUAGAUCGUGCUCAGACGCAACGAUCCUCCUAUCGAGAAGUGUGCACAACGUUCAGCUGCAAAACCUGCAUGCGCUCCAUGGUGCACAUUAUUGAGGUGGAUCAUCUCAUUUUCCCUGCAAGUGAUCGUCUCGACUGACAGCUGCGUACAAGUGGUACAUUCACAUACGAAAUUUCCGCAAAUAGAUUCUGGACUUCAAAGAACUCAAUCUUCACUGCCGAGAACUAUGUCAGGCAACGUUGGACAUGUUGCCUGUGGAUUGACUCGAACUUCAUCAAAAUCUAUUGGGAGAGAUAAGACCAGACAGACCUUCAAAAAGAGGCUCGACCCGCUCGAGGAAUUCAAAGAUAGUCCAUCAGCAGCGCCGCCGAAAACUCAGGGACAUGGGAACUGAAGGAAAGCUUUGAUCUUAGUUCGGUGGAGCAUUAAAUUACACGACUUCCAUUAAUCGUAUGCUAU